UGGGCCGGGUGGCCGCUGGCUCCCGCGCUGCCCGCUGCCCCCGCUGUCCACGGUGCCGGAGCCUCUGACCUGGGUGCCACCGGCCAGGCAUGCGAAGAAGCCCCUCCCCUCCUCGGCGGAGCUGCGGGAAGACAUCUCAUUUUCAUCAGCACUGUUGAAAGAAGAAGAAAAAAUGUCAAUGCUGUCUCCUGAAAUCAAAUUUGAUACUUCUAAUGUCACCAGAAAUUCCCUUGAAAGUUGUUUUCAUUUUGAGAAUAGCUGGAAGAAAGCAGUUUUGGAAACACAAAAGAUAAGGAAAGAAUACACCACAGCAUUUGGUCUAGAAGACGUCAAAGAAUGUGUUAAAAUGCCAUAUUUACCAGGAUUGCAAAGUUACUGCAAAAAUGUAAGUUCAACUCCACUAGAUGUUCAUAAAAGACUGCUGUGUGGUGAUGCCGAGAUGCCCAUGGUCAGUGAGAACAUGUCAAGUUGCCAGCAAGUGUUUUAUUCUCCUCCGCAUGUUGCACAGUGCCCUAUAAAAGAACAGCAUUGGCAAAGCAGGAUAAAGAAGGUUGAGCAGACAUGCACCAUGGCACCACUUCGGGAGAAAUCAAAAGGACUCUUAAGGCAUUUUAAUCCUUCAGUCGGUUUUGGUGCUAGCUUCAGUGACCCUCUCACUGGAGCACCGUCUCAGUACCUACAGAGGCUUUCCAGAAUGGCCAUGUUGGAGCAUGAAACGAUUCGUCAGGAAACAACCAGAAAAUCAAAAAAAGACAAGAAAGGAGAGCUACGAGACUGCUGAUAAAGACCACACGGUGUGAUGCUCUUUUUCACUGACUUUUAAGAUUUAUAUUUUCUUUUUCUUCUUUUUUUUUAAAUAUGUGAUAUGAUGCAUAA